AUGGUUACGUGCGAUGCCGGGGCUUAUGGUGCUGAAACUUCCAAGGGCGAGCCCGUUGUGAAACCGCGCCGGUGGAUCACCAACUCCGACUUCCUGGCGGACAACCUGUCGAGAAGGAUGACUGCCGAGCAGAAGCAGUACUGCGUCACGAUCGAGGGCAACGAGACCGAACGCUCGGGCGCCUACUGCGACGGCCUUGUCGACGCCAUCCUGAACGGCGUCUACCAGGCACGCUUUACCAAAAAGGCCUAUGAGGUGAUGUUCGCGCGACCUGUCCCCGAUGCUGAGGCAUGGAGGUCACUGCUGGAUGAGGUGGAGUCCCGCUUCACGAACAGCAACAAGAAGCCGUUCACAUUGCCCGACAACGACCCCAUGCUGAAAGCCAUCAAGGAGUUGGUCCCCUGGGAGAUUACGCGAGCUCAAGCUGCGUGGCUACCACUUGCUCGACGACUACCUCAAGAGUUUCCUUACACUCACCACGGAGCCGCGCUGAGGCUGACCUCCGGCGACUUCCAACUUGAGGCCGAGGACUUGUCGUCCAUCAAGUGCGAGCUCCCUGAACAAGAUCCCGGAGUACAAGAACAGCCACCGCCCCUGCCAGGUGAUCAAGCCGAAGCUGCACCUUCUCAACGUCAACUUCGACUCGCCGGCUAUGACGCUGAGAUUUGGUUCGAAGAUCCGCCUCGAGAGGUUGAUCGCAAGCUUCAAUAUUCGUUGGGGCGGCUCCACGUCAACAUGGGCCACGCACCUAAGGCCGAGCUGGUGAGGAUGCUUGCUGCUGCAGGCAACCUAAGCAAGAAGGUGCUGACUGGCUUGGAUUGCUUGCGAUGUGGAAGCUGCUUGCGAACCCGUCAGCCACGACCACCACCUACCUCGUCAACUCUGAGCAACUACUCCGGCUACUUCGGCGAGGUCCUUCAGUCCGACGUGGUCUACCUCCGGAUGAUCAAUGGCGAGAAUGUUCCCGUCCUUGGCGUCACCUGCGAGGCAACCUCAUAUCAUGCCGCCAAGGUCCUGGAGUCGCGACAACCGGCGCAUGCUUUAGCAACAUUGCUGGAAAUAUGGUACCGACCUCUUGGACUACCUCUACGCUUCAAGACGGACCCCGGCGGCGAGUUCGGUGGCGAAGUAACCACGUUCCACAUGCGCCACGGCAUCCUGCGCGAGACGGUUCCUGCCGAAGCUCACUUCCGCAUCGGCAAGAUCGAAAGAGAAGAGCUCGACCAGUGCUUGAUUGCCGUGCUGCGCACCAUCAAUUCGUGUACGUUCUCACACGGAAGAUCACCGGCCCAAGCUGUGUUUGGACGUGUGGCGCGGCCUCUCGGAGACCUGGUGAGCGACCCCUUCAGCCUCGUCACGUCACCUGACCCGGGCCUGAUGCGACCCGAGAUCCUUCGAGCAGAGGCUAUGAAAGCCCUUGCAGAGCACACCGCCAGCUCAGCCACACGCAGAGCGGUGCUGAGGAAGACUCAUCACCAACAGAACCUUCGAGACUUGCAGCCCGGCCAGGCAGUUGCGUUCUGGCGGUGGUCUGGAAGGUCGAGGCAACAUAAACGUGGAGCCUGGGCCUUACCAAGGUUUGUCUCCCACGAUCCCGACAACAAGUCCGUCUGGCUUCAAGUCAACACCGCCACCGUGAAGGUUGCGAACAAUCAGGUUCGGGUGGCCUGUGGAUGGGAAGAGUGGACACCCUCUCCAGAGGACAUUGCCAUCCUCAAAGACGCUGAGCGAAACCUCCGCUACAACCUCUGGGAAGAUCAACGAGAAGAGCCUCCCACAGCAUUGGAAGAUGCAACGGCAGAGCUGGCUGGUCAACUUCCUGCCAGACCUGCGCCUCUACCUGUUCGCGAUCAAGAUUACUGGCGAUACGUCGACAACCGCUUCAUCCGCGUCCACGUGGUUCCCCGCUACGAGCUGUACAUCCCCGUGCCGGGCGACUGCGACUUCAACGUGGACGACCUUGCGGACGCCAGGCAGACGCACAUCCACGAGCACGAGGAGCAACCCGAAGAAGACCAGUGGCGAGACCCCAGGCCUGGACCGGUACCACAACCUUCUUUCGGAAACAACAUCCUGCAGAACAACCUCGCGCUCUUCGAAUGCCUACGUCGUCCGCUCUGCAACAACCUCAACGACUACCUGCUCAACGGCAAGUUCACUCACGAGGAGCUGGAAGCGCAGCAACAGACGACGGUUCAGCAGCAACAGACGGCGGUUCAGCAGCAGUCCAACGUGCAGAACUACUACGACAACAGGCAGACCAAGAUCACGUACACCGUCACGGAGGACAAAAGUGUGCCAGAGACACCUCCCUUUAGCGCUCCGGCGCCUGGAACUCCUGAGUACCAGUUUGAAGCACGAGCUCAACCAGACGUACCACCUUUGAGUGCCACCGGCUUAGACGAUGGCCUGAGCGUGGAGCACACGAGCUGCCCACCAGCAGCCACGACUUGUCCCGUUCCUGUGACAAGCACGCAACCUGCCUCAGAGGGCGCGGCAAGGGCAAGCACCGACGCACCACCUCCACAACAAGAGCAGCAACUACCACAGCUACCUCAGAAACGCGCAGCUGACGUGUUGCUAAGUGGCAUCUUCGAACUUUGUGUCGAUGACUUCGGCGAGGCAGUCCUGCAGCGUGCCGACGAGACCGUGGACAUGCCCAUCCCGUUUCACAACGAGACCUACUACAAGGCCUACUUAGCCAGCAAGCAACGCGUCAACGACCUCAAGAAGGACGGCGUCAACGAAGACCCAACACGAGAGGACGCUUCCUCUUCUGAAGACGAGGGCAAGACAGUGUGCUCAAGCAACUGGACAGAGAGCUGCCCUGGAAAGAGCUCACUUCGCAACCACGUGCCCAGUACGAGAAGUACCUCGAGUCUGUCCGUGCAGAGGAGGACAACUAACUGGAUGCGAUGGGGCGGGAUUAAGCCACUUUCUCAUAAAGAGGCUGACAAGAUCCUCAGUGAUCCCAAGCUCUCUAAACGAGUGCUCAAGUCCCGGGCGGCGUACCGAGACAAGAACAAGGGCCUGGGAGAAGUGAAGGCCAAGUGCAGAGUGGUCCUGAUUGGAUGCAACGACCCCGACAUCUUCAAG